GAUUUUUCUUAUUUUUCUGAUCAUAUUCAAUUUGGUGAUCCGGAGAAGACGCCACUUGUGAACCAUUUGUUUAAUAUGAAAGAGGAACAGUGGAAAAUUAUGCGACAAAAAUUAAGUCCAGCGUUUACUCCAUCUAAAUUAAAAUUGAUGUACGAUCCAAUAGUUGAGUGUAGUGCGCAGUUGUUAAAAAACAUAGAAACCACAUUGCACGAGUCAAAAACAAUAGAAGUGAGGGACAUUUUUGAAAACUAUUCUAUAGACGUGAUUGGAACUUGUGCAUAUGGAUUAAAAUUGAACGCAAUUAACGAUAGCAACUCUCCAUUUCGUAAACAUGGAAAAAGUACAUUUUCACAGUUAUUUAAAGCAAUAUUUAGAGACUUGUGUAUGCUUAUAACUCCAAGAUUAAAACCAUUUCUUAUAAUUAGUGAUUUUUCGAAAGAAACUGUAGAUUUCUUUACAUCUACACUUAAAAGUACUAUAAAAUAUAGAGAAGAAAACAACAUAAAAAGAAAUGAUGUAGUGAAAUAUUUGAUUCGAGCUAAAAAUGAUUUAAUAAUUAAUAAAAACAGUUCAUCAGUUAGAUUUCAAGAGAUGGAUAUUGUGGCAAAUGCCUUUGUUAUGUUUAUUGCUGGAUCAGAACCAAUAUCGGGGACCAUAAGUUUUUGUUUGUAUGAACUUGCAUUAAAAAAAGAUAUUCAAUGUCAGGUUCGCCAGGAAAUGUUAUCAGUUAAGCUAAAACACGGAACAAUUAAUAGUGAUUACAUAAAUGACCUACAGUACUUAGACAUGGUAAUUCUAGAAACUUUAAGAAAAUAUCCAAUAUUAUCAUUUUUAUAUCGCAUAACAACAAAACCAUAUGCGGUGCCAAAUGACAAUUUAGUUAUAGAAAAAGGAACAAGAAUAUUUAUUCCAGCGUAUUAUAUACAUCACGAUUAUAGAUAUUAUUCAGACCCUAUGAAUUUCAAUCCACAAAGAUUUUCACGAGAAAAUAAAGCAAAUCAACAAGUUGGUACUUAUAUGCCAUUUGGUUUAGGACCUCGGACUUGCAUAGGUAAUCACUUUGCUGAUUUAGAGAUUAAAUUAGCAUUAACUGAUUUACUUACUAGGUAUGAUGUUGAACCAUGCGAACUAACAAGUAUACCUAUGAUAUUUAGUAAAUCCUCACCUUUAAUUUCACCAGAUAAUGGAAUUUGGUUAAAAUUUAAUACUUUAAAUGAAUAAAAAUAUUUUGAAUUUUAUAAACUAUGAUUAUAUUGCUUAUAUCGUACGAAUAAUUAAAAUUAAUUGGUCUUAUUAUUA